CAACCUCAAUAUGAUUCCGAUCAAAGACUUCGAUUCUCAUGACCAGUGCCUAAUAGCGUUGGGCAACUUCCCCAAUGAGGAUGACAUUAAAGAGGUACAGAUCGCGGGGAUACGUCGAGAGGGAACAAUACGGUGCUUCAGGAUAUUAAUCAAAGGCCCUUGCGAGUGUCCUAUCUGUGCGCUGCAAUUUCGUGUACAGUCUUGGCAAAAGCGAUGGGUGUUCAACUACCAAAGUGUUUUGUCAGAUGAUGAGGCUCGUCAACUUGCUGCAGACCUAGUCAGAAGGAUUAGAAGCAGUCUGCAGUACCUUCGAGAGGAGUGCGACUCCAAAGGAUCUACGAUCAUCAAACGAUGGAAAAGAAGAGUGGCGAGAAGCGGAAAGCCUUGUUACUGGAAGCUGACCCUACCAUGUAUCCACACCAGUGCGAUAUUCGAUUCACAGAAGAGUUCGUGAAUACUCCUGAGCAGAGAAGAUCACUUCAAUCAGGAGUAUGGGAUCAAAAUGAUCCAGAUCUGACUCAAGGGCGAGCGCGGCGUCCUUAUCGAAAUAUCUGCUUGUUGCCUUACCUCAAUAUAGAGUCUUUGAAGAACGACCCGGCGAGGCUACUGAACAUUAUCUACAAUCGCGUGAAAUACUCACCCAAGCAAUGGUGGGGCUUUGACAAUUAUCUGCUUGAUAAGCAGUGGAAGAUUGGAUCGCUGUCAACCCCAUACAAUAGGAGUGGCCUCGUGACGUACGGGUCUCGUUAUGGAGAUUUGGUUCCUUGGCAAGAGCGCUCGGCUCAUGCUCACGACAUUAUUGGAUUUCCCAGAGGGAUCCUGGUCCUCGAAGCUCAAAUGAAACUUUCCGAGACGUUGAAGGCCAUCGUCGAGAAACUCGUCGAAGGUGUUGAAGCAGCAAAUGAUACCGGUACAUUCAGUCAAGCUCUUGAGACUGGUUUGAAGAAAGUCAGCGAUCAGUCAAGUUGCGUCGAAUUCGCUUGA